UCUGCUAGAACAGCUGGCCGUCUGACCACAAACUCGAAUCGCAUAUUUUACGCAUAUUUAUAACCUAUACGACGGAAAAAACGGAUACAAUAGAAUAUAUAAAUUCACGUGCAACGCAUUUCGCAGCGAGUGACUACCCGAGCGCGCCCUCAAGUCGGCCAAGGCCCAGCAACUGUUCGCAAUGGUGAAGAAGCGUCAGACGGACAACCACGACCACGCGAGCUCCACGGACUCGGGGGAUGAGGAGCAUCUGCACCAGCGGAGCAACCCGCUCGUCGCCGCCGGAGAGGCGGACGGAGGAGCCACGCCCAGCGCCGCCAGCUGCCAGCACAUCAAGAAGGCGGUGGACGCCACGCGGUUGAGGCGUCUCCUGAAGUCCACGGGCCUCGUCUACGAGUGCUCGCAGUGCCAAAAGCUGGGCAAGAAGGGCGGAUCCACCGAUGGAUCUGGCGGCGAGCCCGGCGACUUUGAGUUCGACAGCACGCUGUGGCUGUGCCUCAAGUGCGGCAGCCAGCUGUGCGGUCGGGCUCAUCACAAGCACGCUUUGGAGCACUACCAGACGCCCCACUCGGAUUCGCAUGCUCUGGCCAUGAACACGCGCACCUUCGACAUCUGGUGCUACGCCUGCGACACCAAGAUCGGCUCCAAUCUGCGCAAGAACCUGCUGGAGUGCGUGGAGCUGGUCAAGCGACUGGCCCAGAUGCCGCCCACCAUCAGCAACAUCGAACAGAAGAUCAAGUCUACGCUGGAGCACCUCACGCCCAUGGUGCCCAUAACAGGGGGAUCUAUAAGCGACGGGGGAGGCGGCGGAGGUCGGCAGGUGGCCAUUCCGAUGCCACCACCACCGCCGCAAAACUCAGGUGUGCCGGGAAUGGCCAAGAGGAUUACCAACCAGCCGGUGGAGCGGCGACUGCUGACCCUCGAGAUGCCGCGCAACGAACUGGAGCGACUGCCCAGGGUGCGGGGAUUGACCAACCUGGGCAACACUUGCUUCUUCAACGCGGUGAUGCAGUGCCUCGCCCAGACGCCAUUCCUACUCAGUGUGCUGAGGGAGCUGUCGGAGCCAGGAGAAGAAUUCGUUCUACCCGGCGGCACCUUUAAACUAAAAGACAAAGGCGACAUUGAGCUGCCCAUGAUCAAGGGCAGCCUCUCCUCUUGGGGCGGACUCACUGCCGCCUUGGCCAAUGCCCUCGAGGAGCUUCAGGCGGGCGGCAGCGUCUUUACGCCCAGCCGACUCUUCGACAAGUUGUGCCUGAAGUGUCCGCAGUUCACGGGCGGCGAUCAGCACGAUGCGCACGAGCUUCUGCGCCAGCUGCUGGAGAGCGUGCGGAACGAGGAUCUAAAGCGCUACCAGCGCGUGAUCCUGCAGAGCCUGGGCUACAAGGACCAGGACAUCAACAGCGUGUCCGAGGAGAUGCGGCAGAAGUGCAAGAUCUACGGCAAUCAGGCCGGCGACCGCAUCUUGCGCCCGGAGCAGGUCUUCCGCGGCUUCCUCGUGUCCACGCUGACGUGUCAGGACUGCCACAGCGUCUCCUCGCGGCACGAGUACUUCCUGGACAUGUCGCUGCCCGUGGCGGUGGAGAAGCCCCAGCCGCCUCAGCGCCGAAAACCGAGCCCGGAGCUUUCUCUCGUGGCAGCUAGCAGCUCGACCACCAGUCAGCCGGCGAUUAACACCAAGUUUUCGGAUGGUAGCGUCAACUUUACUGCCGCACCCUCGUCCUCCUUCUUCCUGCACGCCGAUCAGGAGGGAUCGCUGGGCCCCUCCAAGUCGCAGGUGAAGAAGGAGAAGGAGCGCGAGCGCAAGGCCAAGCGGGCGGCCAAACACCAGCGCCACAAGCAGGCCCAGAAGUUGAACUUAAAGCUGAACGGGAAUGAGAGCGGAAAUGGUUUGGCUGACAACGGAGAGCCAAACGCUUUGUCGGCCAGUGGAGCCCAGGGAGCCGGCGAUGGCCAGCCCAAUGAGGGGUCCGAACAGCCCAAGGACCAAGCCGAGGACACCACCUCGUCCAGCGUGACUACCUCGGAGCAGUCCGAUGCCGAUGUAGAGGACAAUCUGGUGGAGGACACAGCCAGCGGGAAGGCGACCAAGGAGUCGACAGCUCAGCCCAAGUUCUUCACCGACAGCAACGGCAAUGCCCAGCCGUUGGGUGAAAAGCGCGACGACACGCCGGAGCACAUGGACAAGGAUUCGCUCGAGGAGGAGGAGAAUGACUCCGGCAUUGCCAACAGUCCCGCACCCACUGCAACCAAUAUGAUAGCCAACAACAAUACGGGAUCCGGAACCGGAUCGUCUGGAUCUUCGGCUGCUCCAGAAGAAACCUCUGCCCCAGCGAGCCUGGUGAGUGCAGGCCUCUCCGAGAAGGGCGCCUCGCUGAUCCGCCAGAUCUCUGUGGGCGCCGAGCAGGCCAAUGGAACCAAUGGAGCAGCAGCAGCAGCAGAGGAAGGAGAGCCUUCGAAAAUCCAAACCCAAGCCGAGGUUCAGGCCCAAGCCUUGGCUCAAGCCCAAGCCCAAGCCCGCGCGAAGCGUGUGCGCACGCAGAGCUACUCGGAUUGGAGCACCACAAUCGCACCGCGCUACCAGUGCGAAGAUGGCGAGUGCUCCGUGCAGUCCUGCAUGAACAACUUCACCGGCGUCGAGCUGAUGACGGGCCAGAACAAGGUGGGUUGCGACAGCUGCACGUUCCGCAUCAACGGCAGCGAUCCGAAGGCCAAGUCGGUGAACACCAAUGCCACCAAGCAGCUGCUGGUCUCCAGCCCGCCGGCGGUGCUCAUCCUGCACCUGAAGCGCUUCCAGCUGGGACCGCGCUGCAUCUUCCGCAAGCUGACACGCCCCGUCAGCUAUCCGAAUUUGCUGGACAUUGCCGCCUUUUGCGGAUCCAAGGUCAAGAAUUUGCCGAACAUCGAUCGCAAGCAGAAGAAGCUGCUGUACGCUCUCUAUGGCGUGGUGGAGCACUCCGGCGGAAUGUACGGCGGCCACUACACGGCGUACGUGAAGGUGCGGCCCAAGGUGACGCCGGAGGACAAGAGGUGGCAGUUCCUGCCGCACGGCAGCAAGGCGGAGCUCGAUCAGGACGACGACCAACUGAAGAAACUGGAGGAGCUGCUGGCGAAGGAGAAGGCGCGAGAUUUGCACUUGCGGGCGAUGGACGACAGCGAUGACUUUACCAACUCCAGCAGCAACUCGUCCACCUCCGACGAGGUGGAUGCCCCGCCCACGCCGCUGGAGGAGCAGCCGUCGUCGCCGCAGGAGGAGGCCGCUCAUGUGCAGGCGCCGCCCGGCAAAUGGUACUACGUGUCCGAUUCGCGCGUCCAGGAAGUCAGCGAGGACACGGCGCUGAAGGCCCAGGCCUAUCUGCUCUUCUACGAGCGCAUUUACUAAAAGAGGGGACUUGAAAAGA